CAAGAAUGCGCAAGUGCGAAUGUUGCGUAAUCUUCGUGCGGAUGGUUUGUUAUUGAUGGCGUCAUGUGAACUGAGUUCUCCGUUAUAAUUAUUAUUCUGAUAUAUAGUAGAGGACGAUAUAAAACAGAUCUUUAUCCAUAUAUCAGAGAAUCGGGGCUGUGACGUCGAAGCAGACAUUUAAGCACCAUUGAGACUGUGAAGAUGGGUUUCAUCGAACUCCUGAUCUGUGCACCCAUCCUUGCUCUGUGUGUUUUCGGCCAAACUGCAGACAUUGAAGAGCUUGCCAACAAGAAUGCAGACUUUGCUACUCGGCUGUACAGCGCCAUUUCCAGUGCAAGUGAUGAAAAUGUAGUGAUUUCAACUUUAGGGGCUACUUUAGGUUUAGCAACAUUAGCAGCAGGGGCUGGUGGGACCUCUCGCAGUGAGCUGCUUCAGGGCAUAGGUGUGGCAUCAAUGGAGAAAGAUGGAGAGCCAGAAAGGAUUCAAACCUUACUCCAGCAUCUUAGAGAGACCACCUCUCAGAUCCAGGCCACCGGCCUUUUCACUAGCCAGCAAGUUGAGGCAGAUUCCAGCUUUACCAGCAAGGUUAAGCAGUUUUAUAAUGCAGAUGUUCAAAAGGUGAAUUAUGCUGAUGGGCAGAUGGCAAAAGGAAGCAUCAAUGAUUAUGUAAGAGGCCGAACGGGGGCAAAGAUCAGUGAGAUGGUUAAGACAGUCGACCCCCAAACCAUGGCCAUGUUUGUAAGUGCUUCUUACUUCACAGGCCAGUGGCAGCAACCCUUCAACGUUAACAACACCCAAGAGGAGCGUUUCUAUGUCAACAAGUAUAACAUUGUGCAAGUGCCCAUGAUGUUUCGCUCAGACAAAUAUUACCUGGCCUACGACCCCACACUUAAGGUUGGCAUUCUGAGACUGCCUUGUGAAGAGGGUAUCGCCAUGCUUGUCCUGCUUCCAGAUGAAGAUGUGGAUUACACCCACAUUGAAGAAGCCAUAUCUGGUCACGUAUUUCGCGGAUGGGUCACAAAGCUGAAAAAGACGAAAUUGGAGGUUCAGCUGCCAAGAUUUUCACUGAAGCAGUCUUCUUCACUAAAGAUGAGUCUGUCUAGCUUGGGCAUUAAAGAGAUCUUUGAGGGCAGUGCAGAUCUGUCUGGAAUUAGCAGUACAGCAGGCCUAAAACUGUCAGAGGUAGUACAGAGUGUUGCAUUUGAGGUGGAUGAAACGGGAGGCUCAGUGAGUGAUGCCUCCAGCAAUCCCUUCAUGGACCCUCUUCCUCCAAGGCUUACAUUCAACCGACCAUUCCUUUUCGUCGUCUACCAUGAAGCCACGAAAUGCAUUCUCUACAUAGGACGUGUCGUCGACCCAACAAAGAACUAAUGACGUGUAUAGAAACCAAUUGUGCAUGUUUAUUUAUAUCUAUUCAAUUACUCAUGUCAGUGGUUCCCAACUAGGAGAGCGGUACUUGGAAAAAAAUAUAAAACUAUAAUUAUUAUUUAAUUCAUUAAUAGAUUUGCUGUUAGACUUUUCACGAGAAAGUUUCUCGUGAUCCCAGAACCUGUUGAAACCCCAAAUAGCAACAAGCUAACAGGAUGUGUCUUAUUACAUAAGGAGUCUUUUCUCCAAUAGUAUUAAAGUUAUUUAUUAAAAAAAAAAUGUAAGCAUGCUCAUUUUAAUAAAAUUAAUGAUAAUGCUGAAUGAUUACCAAUAUAAUAUGUAAAAAACACAAAAUGAGUUACUUGGCAGAGUGUUAUGUGUUAAGUGAGUCGGCCUCAAUCAUCAUUCACUUUCUUUGUAUAGAAAAACUGAAACUGUCAACAUUACUAAAAAAUGAACCCUUAGUGUUCCUUGAAAGAAAGUAAUAGUGGUUUGAAAUUACACAAGGGUAACUAACAGAUUUUUUAUUUUAUGGUAUGUUUUUAAGGAAAGCACAUUUCUGGUUUGGUGUUGGAUUGGUUGGGAACACUGAUCUAUGUCCAUUCCUCACCAUUUGCUUGGAUAACCAGAUUAAAUUGAAUGUAAUGUUUAUCUUCACAAACGGUGGACUUAAUUUUAGAAUAUAAUAUAGUCACAACACAAUAUGUAUUUGCAGAAUUAUUUUGUUUGCAAUUGUCUACGAGGACAACAACUACAUGUAUGUUUACUGUUGAUUUAAAGUUUAUUAGUUGUGAUUGAGAGUGUUACCUACACAGUAUAAUGUUACAUGUCAUCUUAUUUUGUUUUGUGCUGCCUAUAGAAAUAUGUCUUCUUGUACUGUAAGUAUCACCACUUAAACAUGGUGUUCAACUUAAAUUCAUUAAAAACAUCAUAUUCAA